AUGGGAACAGGAAAAUGGUUGCGAAAAUUCCGUAAGUUUGCAGGUACAUUUGCGGAUGACAAUGAAGAAUUGCUGUACAAAAUGUUGCUGGAUCCGAAGAGAUAUGAAAAGGAUGUACGGCCAACAGAGCGCCACACUAUUUCUACCAAUGUCACAUUCGGAUUUCUUCUUAAUCAAAUUGUAGAAAUGGUACCAAAAUCAAUGAUAGCAUUGUAG